CGUACGUCCGGCACUGCGGCACCGAGCAGUAGCCUACCAUGCUGCACGCCUCCAAAGGCAGCCAAUACAUAUUAUAGUACUUUCAAAUGUUGUCAAGCAGACACCCAAGGCGGUAAAGCCUCACCACUUAAUCAGAACCGCGGCGCAGGAGGGACUUUAAACUUUCGUUUUCAGGUCGCCUCGGCGCUUCCUAAGCAGCCGACGCGGCCGCUGUGUCCACGUGAUCCCUCCUGCACGUCACGCCGACGGUGGCGCCAGCUUUUCCAGCGCAUAAUCCAAGCAUACGGCAUCAACGUUUAUACAUCUAUAAAUGUUGUGGCCUCCAAACUAUGCGAGGUCGUAUUGUGGCGUUAGACCGUUUUUUUUUCUUUUUUCGAGGAAAAGGACAACCGUUUUUUUUUGUUGUUGUUGUUGGUGGUGUUGUUGUGUUCGUUCCGUUCUCUACGACGCACUCUCGCUAUUACGGAAAUUUUGUCCUCAAAAAUAGCCAUCGCAUUCUUAUGCGAUCCCUCUCAUAUGACAUUACAGGGCAAAAAGGCCAUGCCGACGCACAUAUAGCCUAUAUAUAUAUAUCAUGCUGGUUCACCAUUGCAACCGCAGUAUAUCGCUGAGUUGAGCAGCGCCAUCGGCCUUAUGCAGGAAGGCUAGCGUAGACAUAUAGUGAUUUCAAGCCUACUAGACUUUAAAUGCGUGAGAACGGUGCCGGUGUAUCACAAUUAUUUGACAGCUCCUGCCGCUUAGAUGUUUCGUGGUUGCCUUAGGUUGGCCGUACACGAGCAUGCGCUAGCUCUUAUGUUAUAUGUUUUAGUCCCUACGCCAAGCGAUCAGAUAGUGAGCGGAUUUAUCAUUUCGUGCUAGCAAUACAGAUACACCGGUUCUCCUCGUUGAAUUAAGACCGAUAUUCGCAAAAUAGUUAGCAGCACACACACACACCGCGGCUGAAAUGCGCGUCACAUGUUUGCGCCCCCAAGAGAUAUUUCCGCGUACUGUAGUUACCGAUGCACCGAAAGGCAUCUUAAUUCGAUGACCUUGUAUGAACGGACAUUGCGUAAAUUUCACAAAGUACGAUCUAAAACAUGUCGAAAUCGUUCCGCAGCACGCGGCAGCAAUACUUUCAAGCAGCGUCGCGCCGGAUCGCACAAGCCAGAGAGGAGGAAACGCUCGUGUAGAGGGUGUUGUCGCGUCGCGCCCUUUCUUCCUUGCCCGAUGAAAAGGGAUUUGCACAAGAUGUUUAAAUUUCGCGCGCUAGGCACGCCGGUCGAUCGCAGCGUCCUACUAGUGUCGUCAUCGCAGAAGCGUUCCCAGUUCUCCCAUUGUUUUUCUGUACAGACGACACACUGCCACAUUCCAUACACCGUACUUGUGUCGUUGCCUGCCGGCAGCAGCAGGAAGGAGCUACUGCCGCGUAAGCGGCCGAUUUUAAGAUGCCGUUUCGUCUGCUAAGCAUUGUGCUUCCGAGACUCCGAGAUUGUUAUCGCCAAGCAACAAUAGUGCGGUUAAUGGCGCUGGAAUCGCCAGUUCAGUAGCUACGCCGGCGUGGUCUUUCGAAUAUGUCAUCAGUAGUGCAGUAGCACGUGUUGUUUAUUGCUGUUUCUGUCGAGAAUUCAGCGGUACAAUGGAAGUUAGCGAAGAUCCUUUGCCGUUUUCAAGGCCAAACAACUCUCAUGUAGUUACCUGGCUAGAUUUUCUGCUUGACGAUUCCCUACUUGAAAAGCACCUCUCGAGGGAAAAACCAGAUCCUCCUCCAUACGAACUUGUUAUUCAGUUUUUGGCAAAUGCAACUGAGCCACCAUCUCAAGGACCGAAUGGAGGCACUGUGCAACAGGCUAAUGGCCUCCAAGGCAUGGUCAACCUAGAUGGCACGCCAAAUGAACCAGGAAAUUGCUCACCUGAGGAAGAGCCAGGCAACCGGAAGUCACUGCCUCUUAAGUUGCUGGCCCUGAAAGCAAUAGCUUUCCUCUGUUGGAACAUGGACCUUUGGGAGCAGAAGUUACCACUGACAAUGCAACAGACGUUGAUAGCAGAGCUCCAGAAAGCAGUUUGUUGCUCUGAGCUGAAUGAGGAGGAGAGGCUGACCAAUGCUGAUGCAGCCUUUGCCUUCAUGAUCAAGUCCCGCUGGGUUGUACGCACUGUUGUGCGCUCCUCUGUGCCUACUAGGAGUGCCAAAGGGAUUCCUGUUCAGCUCCCUGGGCAAGUGGACCCAACUGUGGUAACUUCAGAAAUGGCUGAUGCGAUUACAAAAAAGUGUGAAGAGGAAUUGGAAGAAGCAGUGGCAUUCCUAGAAAAGUUGUUGUCUCUGCGAACAACAGGCGGAUUGAGCAUACGAGUUCCUGCAUACGAAAGUUUUUCUAUUGUCAAAGCUGAGAUAUUGGAUCCUGAACAUCAUUUGGAAAAGGGUGUAACGGCCACUGUGGAUGACGUGUGUUGUCAGGUAUCAUACGAACUUGGGACAUAUCAUUUCUUCAAGGAGAACUACAAGAGGGCUGGGGAGCUUUUUGAAACUGCUCUCUCCCUUCAUCCAAAGGUAAAGAAGAAGUUGGUGUGCCAUCUGAACAUGGAGCGACUAAAGGGCUUCUGUGUGGCGUGCCGUCCAUCAACCACCAAGAAAGCCACCUCUCCACUGGACAAGCUGAAGGCAACCUUGCAUGGCAACUGCAAGGCAACAGUAUCUGUGCUUCUUGAGGACAAUGUGAAGCAAGAAAUUCCUCUGUGGGAAAGGGAACUUGCUGAAGUCUGUGUCCACCAAAUUGCGGCUGGUACAGAGGUGGCUGCACAGGUGUCACUGUGCAACUGUGUACGUCGUGUAAUCGACGGGGAACUGUUUGUAUGCGGGGCUCAGGUGAACUUUGCUUCUCUCGACAAGGGCUGCAUCAUCUUCCUUAGUGAGGCAUUGAAUGCUGUUAUCCCAACACUGAACGAAAAACAAAUGGACUUUUUGAGGAAUUUCGUAGGGUACUUGUGCAAUACCUCAACGGAUGUAGCCAAAGCACUCUCCUGCUCAGGUGUGAUGUGCAAGUACUUCCCAUCAGAGCAGGUGACCCCGCCAGGUGAAAUCCCACCAAAGAUUCCUGUGGAGAGGGUCUUCUUUGCUGAAAACACAGCCACAAAUAUAGGAAGCAUGCAGAGUGGACUUGCGGCUUCACAUGACCCAGAAGAGAUUCUCUCUUACAUCAAAUUGCUCCAGGGUGUUUCACCUCCCGUUCGGUUGACAUCACUAAGCUCGCAUUGGCAGCUAACUCAAAACCUGCGGGAGUUUCAUCGAGGCCUUCCACAGCAGUGGCAAGACCGCAUGUUUGUCCAUCUGGCAAAAGCCCUUGAGUUGCGCUCCCUCAAGUUGUUCGCUCCGUCACUGUUGCUGUUCCAUGCGGUGGAGGCGGAACUGCGUCUUCCACAGUGGCGCCGCCUGGCAGCACUUUUGGUGGCUGAGAUGCGCUACACAGAGGCCCUGCAGGCAGCUGAGUCACUGCCCUUACCAGCCAAUGCCCGCAUGCCCACAGAUCUUAUUCAACUGGCUCGCACCUCCUUACUUGCGUUCUAUGCUGAGGCUGACAAAGAUUAUCGACCAUGUCAAGAGAUGGCUGAACUGUGCUGCACACUGCUUAUAAACUUGGCUGAGUGGGAUGUCUUCUCUGAGAUUGAGAAACAGCAGAGAGGAGCAAUAGGUGUAUUUGAGUUGUCGAAGGCGCUGGCAGCAGUCUGCAAAGACGUCUACUUAAACAAGUUUACCCGUUCUAUUGCCCAAGAGCUCUGGGAUCUAUUACUAUCAAUGCUGUUAGCACCAGAAAGCCAACAGCAAAAAAGGACUGCUACGGCCGCUGUCAAAGAUGGUGCCCAGCAGGACACAGCCACACCUAUACUAAGCAGGCAUACAUUCCAUUCUUUUCUUCAGCAACUAAAGGACAACUUGGCUUUGACAAUACUGUUGUCAUGCUUUGCCAGGAUAUAUAAUAUUUUAAGGGAGGACAGUGGGUCUGAGGUGUGCCUGGAGUACCCACAGCUGUGGCCGACAGUGAUUAGCAGCCCGUCAAACUAUUGUCGGUCAACAGCGACUGAUGUGUUUCAUGCCACACUACAACACUGCCUGGCAACAAACAACUCCCAUGCUGGAUGGGUUAAAGUUUUGGCAGACUUCUCCUAUGCUCAAGGCCACCAUUCAGCAGCACUGAAGCAGUAUCUGACUGCCCUGCUCAUGAGUACUGACUACUUCACUCAGCCCCCACCAAGGUCCCUUGCUGAUGAUGUCAUGUACAAGAAGAUGGCUCACUGCUGUAGCAAGUUGCAGUGUCACACACAGGCUGCCCUGCUCUGCCAGUUGAUGGAAGAGCCAGACUAUGGUGCAGCAUUCAAGUCCCUGAACGAGCGCCAGUGCCAGGACAGCUGUGACUCGCUCUAUGAGCACGUGUUUGAUGUAACACUGCUCGAGUUCCUAGUGCACCUGCACACACGGCGCGGCGAGGUAGAGUCCCGCCAGAAGGCACUACAUUGCAUGGGCUUGCUUGAGCUCAAUGCCAGCAACAAUGAAGAGAUUCAACGAGAAGCUGCCAACGUGCGCCGGGGAAACUUUCUGCGAGUCAUCGCUCGCCAGUACCUCUAGGCACAUCUCUCACACAUUUAUCAAGGGGAAAUUCUCCUCACAAACCUUUUCUUUUAAAUAUUAAGGCUAUGUGAAUGGAAAUUGUGUGUGACUUAGA